GACAGGGCAAUAGAGGCAAAGAUAUAUAGUACUCUUGGCAGCUCCUAUCACUGUCUUGGAGAUUUCCAGAAAACCAUAGAGUACUAUGAACGAUACCUUAAAAUUUCGAACGAAGUGGGAGACAGGGCAGAAGAGGGAGCAGUGUACAAUAGUCUUGGGAUCGCCUACCGCAGAAUUGGAGAUUUCCAGAAAGCUAUAGAGUACCACAAUCGACACCUCCAGAUAUCAAAAGAAGUGAGAGACAGGGCAGAACAAGGAAAAGCGUACUGUAAACUUGGUAUCGCCUAUCACAGUCUUGGAGAUUUCCACAAAGCCAUGGAACACUAUCAACAAAAUCUCAAAAUUUCGAAAGAAGUGGGAGACAGGGCAGGAGAGGGAGAAGCGUACGGUAAUCUUGGCCUCGCCUACCGCAGUGUUGGAGAUUCUCAGAAAGCAAUAGAGUACCACGAACGACACCUCAAAAUUUCGAAAGAACUGGGAGAUAGGGCAGGAGAGGGGAGAGCGUACGUCAAUCUUGGCAUCGCCUAUGAAAUGCUUGGAGAUUUCCAGAAAGCCAUAGAGUAUGAUGAACAAUACCUAAAAAUUUCGAAAGAGGUGGGAGACAGGGCAGGAGAGGGAGCAACGUGCCGUGUUCUUGGAAUCACCUAUCACAAACUUGAAGAUUUCCAGAAAGCCAUAGAGUACUAUGAAAGGCACCUCCGAAUUUCGAAAGAACUGGGAAACAGUGUAGAGGAAGGGAGAGCGUACGGCAAUCUAGCCAUCGCCUAUCACAGUCUUGGAGAUUUCCAGAAAACCAUAGAGUACAAUGAACGAUACCUUAAAAUUUUGAAAGAAGUGGGAGACAAGGCAGAAGAGGGAGAAGCGUACCGUAAACUUGGCAACGCCUAUCACAAUCUUGGAGAUUUUCAGAAAGCCAUUGAGUACUAUAAAAAAGAACUCCAAAUUUCUAAAGAACUGGGAGACAGGGCAGGAGAGGGAAAUGCGUACUGCAAUCUGGGCAACGCCUAUCACGACCUGGGAGACUUCCAGAAAGCCACAGAGUUCCAUGAACAACACCUCCAAAUUUCAAAAGAACUGGGAGACAAGGCAGGAGAAGGAACAGCGUAUUUUAAUCUUGGCAACGCCUAUCACUUCCUGGGAGAUUUUCAGAAAGCCAUAGAGUACCAUGAACGACAACUUAAAAUUUCUAACGAAGUGGGAGACAAGGCAGGACAAGGAGAAGCGUACUGUAAUCUUGGCAGCGCCUAUCACAGACUUGAAGAUUUUCAGAAAGCCAUGGAGUACCAUGAACGACAACUUAAAAUUUCGAAAGAAGUGGGAGACAAGGCAGGAGAGGGAAGAGCGUACGGUAAUCUUGGCAGCGCUUAUCAAGGCCUGGGAGAUUUUCAGAAAGCCAGAGAGUACCAUGAACAAUACCUCAAAAUUUCGAAAGAAGUGGGAGACAGGGCAGGGGAAGGAACAGCGUACUGUAAUCUUGGCAACGCUUAUCAAGGCCUGGGAGAUUUCCAGAAAGCUAUGGAGUACCAUAAGCGAUACUUCGACAUUUCAAAAGAAGUGGGAGACAGGGCAGGAGAAGGAAGAGCUUACGGUAACCUUGGCAACGCCUAUCACAGUCUUGGAGAUUUCCAGAAAGCCAUAGAGUACCAUGAACGAGACCUCAAAAUUUCAAAAGAAGUGGGAGACAGGGCAGGAGAGCGAAAAGCGAACUGUAAUCUUGGCAACGCCUAUAACCGUCUUGGAGAUUUCCAGAAAGCCAUAGAGUACCUUGAACGAGACCUCAAAAUUUCGAAAGAAGUGGCAGACAGGGCAGGAGAAGGAGGAGCAUAUGGUAAUCUUGGCAUCGCCUAUAAAAAUCUUGGAGAUUUCCAGAAAGCUAUAGAAUACCAUGAACAACACCUCAAAAUUUCAAAAGAAGUGGGAGACAGGGCAGGAGAAGGAAGAGCGUACGGUAACCUUGGCAACGACUAUUAUAGUCUUGCAGAUUUCCAGAAAGCUAUAGAGUGCCAUGAACAGCUCCUCAAGAUUUCGAAAGAAGUGGGAGACAGGGCAGGAGAAGGAAGAGCGUACUGUAAUCUUGGCAACGCCUAUAACAGACUUGGAGAUUGCCAGAAAGGCAUAGAAUACCAUGAACGACACCUCAAAAUUUCGAAAGAAGUGGGAGACAGGGCAAGAGAAGAAAUAGCGUUCUGUAAUCUUGGCAUCGCAUUUAGAAAUCUUGGAGAUUUUCAGAAAGCCAUAGAGUACCAUGAACAAGGUCUCAAAAUUUCCAAAGAACUGGGAAACAGAGCAGGAGAAGGAAUACCGUACUGUAAUCUUGGCAACGCCUAUCACAGUCUUGGAGAUUUCCAGAAAGCCAUAGAGUACCAUGACCGACACCUCAAAAUUUCAAAAGAAGUGGGAGACAGGGCAGGAGAGCGAAAAGCGUACUGUAAUCUUGGCAACGCCUAUAACCGUCUUGGAGAUUUCCAGAAAGCCAUAGAGUACCUUGAACGAGACCUCAAAAUUUCGAAAGAAGUGGCAGACAGGGCAGGAGAAGGAGGAGCAUAUGGUAAUCUUGGCAUCGCCUAUAAAAAUCUUGGAGAUUUCCAGAAAGCCAUAGAAUACCAUGAACAACACCUCAAAAUUUCAAAAGAAGUGGCAGACAGGGCAGGAGAAGGAGGAGCGUAUGGUAAUCUUGGCAUCGCCUAUAAAAGUCUUGGAGAUUUCCAGAAAGCCAUAGAAUACCAUGAACAACACCUCAAAAUUUCGAAAGAGGUGAAAGACAGGGCAGGAGAAGGAAAAGCAUGCUGUAAUCUUGGCAACGCCCAUAACAGUCUUGGAGAUUUCCAGAAAGCCAUAGAAUACCAUGAACGAGACCUCAAAAUUUCGAAAGAAGUUGGAGACAGGGCAGGAGAAGGAAGAGCGUGCUGUAAUCUUGGCAACGCCUAUAACAGUCUCGGAGAUUUCCGGAAAGCCAUAGAGUACCUUGAACGACACCUCGAAAUUACGAAAGAAGUGGAAAACAGGGAAUGGAAAGGAAAAGCGUACUGUAAUCUUGGUAACGCCUACCAGAGUCUCGGAGCUUUUCAGAAUGCCAUAGAGUACCAUCAACGAGACCUCAAAAUUUCGAAAGAAGUGGGGGACAGGGCAGGAGAAGGAAGAGCGUAUGCUAAUCUUGGCAACGCCUAUAACAGUCUCGGAGAUUACCAGAAAGCCAAACAGUACCAUGAACGACAACUCAAAAUUACGAAAGAAGUAGGAGAUAGGGUAGGAGAAGGAAAAGCGUAUUGUAAUCUUGGCAACGCCUUUUACCAUCUUGGAGAUUUCCAGAAAGCCAUAGAGUACCAUAAACGAGACCUCAAAAUUUCGAAAGAAGUAGGAGACAGGGCAGGAAAAGGAAGAGCGUAUUGUAAUCUCGGUAACGCUUACCACAGUCUUGGAGAUUUACAGAAAGCCAUAGAGUACCAUGAACGAGACCUCAAAAUUUGCAGAGAAACAGGAAAAAGGGCAGGAGAGGGAAAUGCGUACGGUAAUCUUGGCAGCGACUUUUUCCGUCUUAGAGAUUUCCAGAAAGCUAUAGUGUACCAAGAACGACAGCUCAAAAUUUCGAAAGAGGUGGGAGACAGGGCGGGAGAAGGAAAAGCGUACUGUAACCUUGGCGACGCCUAUCACAGUGUUGGAGAAUUCCAGAAAGCUGUUCACUAUUAUAAGAAUAGUGUUAUAGUCUUCGACCACAUCAGGGGAAAUCUCUCAUCUAAUGACGAAUGGAAGAUUAGCCUUGGGAAUACGUAUAAUCAUAUUAAUUCGAGGCUAUGGGGUCUGCAGUUUAAGGAAGGUAAAGUCAUCGAGGCACUUUUAACUGCUGAUCAAGGACGUGCGCAGGCUUUAAAUGAUCUUCUGGAGGUCAAGUAUGGCCUUAAAGGGCUACGACCAGAAAGAGGAACACUUUCUGCCAGACCAAGUGACUUUCCUAAUUACUUACCAUCAAAUACAGCUUUCAUAGGUAUCAACGAGGGAGGAAUAAUUCUCUGGGUGAACGAGAAAGGAAAAGAAAUCAAAACUAGAAGAACUAAGAUCGAUAUCUCUGUCACAACCUAUUUUCAGUUUAUAUUGGAUACUACAUAUAAAGAAAUAGGUGUGAGAGCUGAUGUUAACUGUGAAGAUCGGUCAUUAAGUAACCCAAUCGAUAAAAAGUUAGCAGACGAAAGAUCCAGUAAGCCAAGGUCUCAGCCAUGUGUUGAGACAAAGUCAUUACAAACAUUGUACAAUGUUGUUAUAGACCCUAUAAGAGACUUACUCCAUAGCGAUGAGUUGGUUAUUGUUCCAGAAGGACCUCUGUGUUUGGCGCCUUAUGCAGCUUUCAUGGAGUUAAAAUCAAAGUACCUUUGCGAAACUUUUAGAAUUCGUCUGCUCCCUUCCCUUUCUAGUCUGCGAUUAAUCCAAAAUUGUCCAGCAGACUGGCACAGCAAGACUGGCACCCUUCUCGUCGGCAAUCCGUGGGUACAAGAGGUAGUUUAUGAAGGAACGACCCUAGGGCAGUUAGAGUGGGCCGAAAAGGAAGUGCAGAUGAUUGGGGAAAUACUUCAAACGGAACCUCUCGUUGGAAAGCAGGCAACAAAAGAUCAAGUCCUGAAACGUAUCUCCUCGGUUGGUUUGGUGCACAUUGCUGCUCACGGUAAAAUGGAAACAGGAGAAAUUGCCUUGGCCCCAAACACAACGCGUUCAUCUGUGAGUCCAGCCAGGGAGGACUAUCUCUUAACUAUGAAAGAUGUUUUAAACGCUCAGAUUAGGGCAAGACUUGUUGUACUCAGUUGCUGUCAUAGUGCCCGGGGGGAAGUCAAAGCUGAGGGUGUGGUCGGCAUCGCACGGGCAUUUUUGGGUGCCGGAGCUCGUUCUGUUCUGGUGUCCCUGUGGGCGAUCGACGACGAGGCUACUAUGGAGUUUAUGAAAGUUUUCUACCAACAACUAGUCCAUAAACGAAGUGCCAGUGAGGCUCUGAAUGAGGCCAUGAAAUCCAUGAGAGAAUCUGACCGCUUUAGCGCAGUGAAGCACUGGGCGCCGUUUGUUCUCAUUGGUGAUGACGUAACAUUUGAGUUUGAGGGCAUCUAA